AUGAGUGCUGCCAAAGUCCAUGUCUCGAAUGUCUCUAGCAUAGUCAGAGGGACUAUGGGCGGUUUUAGCAUGCCUAACGCGGCUGCUCUGGAGGCGCUACAGAGUACGGAACAACGGCAGGUUCUUGACACGGUCUCUGAGUUACUUGUUUGUGGCGAUCAAUCAGCAGGGAAAAGCUCAGUUCUGGAAGCAUUGACGGAGAUACCGUUCCCCCGGAAAGACAACCUUUGCACAAGGUUUCCCACUGAAAUCAUCCUUCGCCGUGGAACGACAGAGUCUCUGAAGAUCAGUAUCAUACCUGACCGCCGACGCUCGGCAGAGGAGCGAGCCGCUAUGGACAACUUUUCUGAGACUAUCCUUGAUCUGCAAAACUUGCCAGAGAUCAUGUCCAAAGCAAUGAGCACGAUGGGACUGGAGGAAAGUCAAGAUCUCAAUGGGGCUCGACGGGCAUUCGCCAUGGACGUUCUUGUUCUGGAAAUAGAGGGGCCAGCCAGGCCGCAGCUCACGGUGGUGGAUCUUCCUGGUAUCAUCCAGGCAGAGACUAGAGAUGCAACCCAGGCGGACGUUCAGCUGAGUGUGGAAAUUACAAAAUCCUACAUUUCGUCGCCUCGGACAAUAUGCCUGGCUGUAAUCUCUGCAGCGAACGACUACGCCAAUCAGCCGAUUCUGAAUCUGGUUCGUCAAUAUGACCCAAAGGGCGAGCGCACCUUGGGGAUUAUCACCAAGCCCGAUCGGCUUCCUCCAGGCUCGGAGACCGAGCUAAGCUUUUUGAACUUGGCAAAUAAUAGGGAUAUUAUGUUUGACCUUGGUUGGCAUGUGCUCAAGAACAGAAGCUUUGAGGAGAUGGCUUGUUCUAUUCUCGAGCGGAAUGCGUCUGAGGAACAGUAUUUCCGCGAGUCCAUCUUUUCGCAGCUGGGAUCUGAUCGGGUGGGCAUCCUCGCUCUGGCGGUUCGUCUAAGCAGACUUGCGUUUGAUCAUUGCCGCCAAGAGCUGCCUAGGUUACAAACAGACUUGGAGGGCGCAUUGUCGCGAGCAAAAAGCGAGAUGGCCGUAUUAGGAAGUGCGCGAACUACUGCUGGGGAAUGCCGAAAUUUUCUGACGCAACUCAGUCUCAAUUUUCACGAAAUCUGCAAGGCGGCAAUAAGCGGCUAUUACGAAGGGGAAUAUUUUAAAUGUGAUGAACAACAAUCUAUUCCAACCAACAGCCCGGAAUCUACCAGGCGCUUGAGAGCAAUCGUCCAAUCGAGAAAUAUGGCUUUCUCCAAUGAGAUUCGCACCAAUGGCCACAAAUUUCACAUUGUCAGCUCAGGGGUAAAUGAUAGUCGAUUUGACCGGAUCGAGCACCAAACUGCCCACGAAAAUGAGCAAUACGUUGGCGAAACAUCAAGCGAAACACCAAGACCGGCUGAGAAACUUGGAGCAUUCGGCCACAUCCAGCCUCCUACGAGAGUUAGUCACGAUGAAGCUAUACGAUGGGUAAACGACGCUGUUGCUAAAGCGCGAGGAAAGGAGCUUCCGGGGAAUUUCAACCCUCUCGUGAUUGCUGAACUGUUCUGGGAGCAAUCGUCUAAGUGGCAUCUCUUUGCAUUUGCACAUAUCGUGCAAAUUACAGGACUUUGUUGCUCCUUUCUCGAGUGUCUGUUGAGCAUCCAAUGCCCCCGCGACAUUCACAUUCGCUUGUGGCCAACGAUUCACGACCAGAUGACUACCAGGCGCACACUUGCGAUAGAAGAGAUGGAGAAAAUCCUAGAGGAGAUGAGCUCUUACCCAAUUAACUACAACCACUAUUAUACCGACACGAUCAAAAAACGCCAGAUUGAGAGACGGAAGGUCGAGUUGGAAAGUUGUUUGGAGGAUGCAACGCAUCAUAUGAACGUUCCAGGGUGUAGUUCGGACCACACGUACCCAAGCGUGAAUGUGAACCUAGCGAUGAAGAUCUACUCCGAAAAAAUGGAUCCAGAUAUGGACAAACACAGCGCAGAGCUGGUGCUCGACUGCCUUCAGGCAAUUUAUAAGGUCUGUGAGAAGGUUUUUGUUGCAAACAUUGCGGUUCAAGUGAUUGAGCGUCACAUUAUUCGAGGACUUGAGCACAUAUUCUCGCCUGUCAAGGUAUCUCAGCUAUUGGAUACCGAGGCUCUCGCUCUUGCUGCGGAGCCUGAUUCCACCAAGACAGAGCGAGAAGCCCUUGCUGAGAAAGUGCGCAUGUUUACCAAUGGGAAAAUGAUACUCAACGAGCUCAUGUCCGUUCUUUAA